UCAAAAUCGGAUUUACCCGCUUUAGGUUUAAUGUCAAGUAUGUGUGUAUAAUGUACGUGUUGUAAACUAUUCAAAUUGUUAACGCAGCAAGAAUACCUGAAAUUAUCGCUUUACAUUUCCAUUGGCAUACGUGUUGUUGAAUUAUGCAUCAUGUUAAGUCUCAUAAUGUACACGUCCUUGAUAAGAUAGUUUGUGGUUAUUGCAGAACUUUUAUGAACACCCUUUAGGGAUUUAUUUUCAGAAGGGUAAUUUGUAUUUAACAGAUUCAAACUAAUUUGCUAAAAGUGUUGCUUUAUGAAGCCGUAUUUAUGCAGUUAUUUUAAGUAACUUAAAUCUGCUUUGAAAUCCCAGCUUUAAUAUCGGCCCAUCGCAUAUUUUCAGUAGCUUUGAAGAGGUUAUUUGUCACUUAAACGUUUUUUUUUCUUCUCCAAACGGAUGAUUCAGGCAAAAUAUUAUAUUGCAUCGUUAGCUGUAGAAAGCUAACUUUAAAAAAAUGGUUGUUAUUUGAGGCAUAUAAUGAGUCAUACCAUUUUCUGUGUGAGCAGAUAAUUUUCCUAUUAACACCAAUUCGUUUUGGGAUACUUUUUUUUUUACUUUUGAAGGGCUUGUCUCUUUAUAAAUACGCUCUCGUGAGUUAUUACUCGUAUGCCAAAAUAAUACUGUUCAUUUAAAAAAAACAUUUCUUCAAACAUUUUUUGUUAUUGAACAACAAUUAUUCACGUAACCUCUCUGACCGCUUCUCCAUCUCCCUCGUGACAAAAGUAGCCAAUGCCCAAAACGUCGCAUUCUCGCAAGAUUUUCCUUCGACUACGAGCAACAGGCCCGUCACGUCGCUGGCGGCAUUCGACAAAUGCGUUUUUCAUGUUCCAGCAAAACUCGGCUGAUUUAGAACAACAAAAUGUGUUCGCUCUCUCAUCCUGCACGCAUUCCAAGGCAUUGCCCACGGGGUCACAGAGGAGGCCGGGUGGGGAAGUGACCCAUGCGAGCCCCCGGGGAUGAACAGCGCAGCCCGAGAUGAGGGUGGUGGUGGUGGUGUUGGUGGUGAUGGCCAAUCGACCGAAACCGAAACAAUCGCCACCGAGGCUCGCGGGCACAGGAAGAAGGGCGCCAAGGGUCAUGGCAAAAAGGCAAGAGGUGCAAGUGCAGGAGGACAAGCAAAGUCACAGCACCCUCCUCCGGAGUUCGCGAAGGAGAUUCGAGCUUGGGCCGAGAGGAUCCAGAAACGCAUUGAAAAACGCAAGUUCAAGCUCAAGUUGGACUUCUCUGCGUUUAAGAAACUCUUCCGUAGACGCAAGAAAAAGAAGAAUGCCGCUAAAGCUGAUCAGUCCACUUUUGCGACACAAACUGCAGACGGUGGUGCAUCAACGGGCGAAGACUUGGAAAGCAGGGAAGAAAGGAGGCAUGCAAUGGAAUUGUUCGAAAAGUUGUUGAGAGACCUCAUGAAAGGGAUGUCCAUGGAGGACCUUAGAUAUACCAGCACAGGCUCGCUGUGCAGCAGACGUUUCUCCGGCGAUACACUGAAAUCAAAUCCUGGCGUGGCGACCUUGCAGAGGGAUGUAGCAACAAGCAGCGGCUCUGUGUCUACUCCUGCCUCGCAGCAAUCCACCAUGAGCCGUACGAUGGACCCACGGUCCAUGCAGAGGGCUGCCCUCACCUACCUUCUCAUGAAGCUCUCCCAUGAAACGAACUCCAACGGCGGCAUGUCCGACUCCACGGAAGCAAUCGGCGAUGCUCGUUCCGCUGAACUUUCCCAGAGCGCGUUGGGCAUGAAAGCCAAUGACGAUUUGGAAAGGUGGUGCUGGGAGUUUUUGAGGUCCGAAGGAGACGUUUUAGAUUCUUCAGAAUCUGAUGACGGGUCGGAAGAUGAGUGCGGGACCAGUGGGGAUGUGUCGCGUCUCUCAGGUGGAACGGGCAAACUCUCGCCACGGGGAAUGAGGACCAGAAUCUGAGACGCCACUCUUGCUCUGAUGUGGCUGGCUUUAAGUUAACAAAGAUGAAAGGCAAACAGCAUCUUACACGUGGGGAAAUGAUUAACUCCAAGUAUUCCAGCUUACAGGAAUUUCCGCAUGAUGAAUUAGUAGAUUACAGGGAAGAGGAGCUCAAGUCUUCAGGACAAUCUAAAUUCCUAACACUGGCAAGCAGUGCCUUGCGUGACCCUGUGGAUGACACUGGCACUGCUGGCCAUAGCAACUGCACUGCUAACGGACAGGAAGUAGAUGCACAUCGAAUCUCCGGUAAAAAAAUAAACGAAAGUGCCGACGAACAAAACAACCACAGUGAAUUGCCUGCGAUGCCUGCGCCAAAAGUGGAGCUCCUCCGAAUGCACGGGGAAGUUUCGGAUUCCCAUCCCAGCCGCGGCAGCGGCUCCGGCUCCGGCUCCAGGGUUUUUGAUUUUCUCAGCAGGCGCCGUCCUCACCACAGGAAUCAAAGCCAUAAAGUAACGGGUGGUGCUAAUAAUAACGGCACCAAAGGGCACAUUGAAGCAGACAGUCGUGAAGCCCACACGAUUGGAGAGACAGGAGCUGAUGGGGACAUAUUCACCGAAGUAAACGAAACGCUGCCAAGCAGCGGAAAAUACAAUACGACUGGAGGCAAACGUACAGAGUUUACUCAAGAAAGCACAGACGAGCCAGUAAUGGCCUGUCAAAACAAAGCAAAUGAUGGUGGGAACUUAUCUGACGAACAACAUGGCAGCAGCAGUGUUCUUGAAACUGGCGAAGAGUACAGUGGGACGAAUGCGAGUUCUCGGACACAUUUUAUUAACAAUGGGAAUGGCCAUUUUGACAACGAUGUGGAUGUUGACAGCGAGAGCUUAUCUGUUGGAGAUGGAUAUGUUUCGGUGCAGGAAGGAUCAGUUAUUGAUUCGAGCGGUGAACAUCAACUUUCUUUAAGUGAUGGCGAGUCUCCAAACGGCAGCAAAAUUGUCUGUCAUACGACCAACAUUCGGGCCGAGAUGCACAACAACAGCCACAGCGUUGAACGUGAACGGCAUUUUUCGUCCACCGAAAAUCUUGCAAACAAAACACACGCACACGAUCAAUCUAAUGUUCAACAUCUACUUAAUUCAGAGGCAUCUACCAUCACCAAAUAUUCCCAAUCUUCUGAAUUUUGUCCAUCGGAAAAUGACUUACUAAUUUCAAGCUCUAGGGAUUCCCAAAGCGAUGUGGUGGAUUUUACAACUCAAAAUAUGGAAAAAGAAUUAAAGACAGGCAUUGCGAUUGAAGAAAACAAUCAUAGAUCAGAUGCUGAAGGACGCGUGCAUUGCAAGACUAAAAAUGCUUUUUCAUAUUUGGACAAGCAAUCUUAUACCGAUAGCGGUUUUAAAGAUAUACGAAAUAGUAUAAACAUUGAGCAUACCUCGACAGAAGAAAUAGCAAGCGUGGAUAAUUAUGGACAUGGUGAGCAACCAACAGCCUCUCAUGUGGAAGACAUCCAGCAAGAGCACAAUCAGGAUGAUCUAGCAACCGGUGAAAGACAUCGAACGUAUGAUCAUCGAGGACGCCCUGUUGACACGACUCUGUCAGGGGUGCAGUCCCGACAUGAAUCGACAUUCAACGUGAUCGUUGAAACAAGGGGACAUGAAAGCGAUGCCUUUGUGCCACCGGUGGCUGGUCCAGCACAUGCCGGUGAGAACAAACUGGACGGGUGCAGGAGUCCAAACGGCUCUGAAAACAGCGAGGGCGCACUGUCGGAAACAGAGUCGGUGGCUUACGGCACCGUCACGUCUGAAGAAAGACGGUGGGAGGCAGGGGUCUCGGCUGUUCAACCGGGAGAGGAAAGGUUUGGGCCUCCGUCAGGCAGCCGGCCCGGUCUGUACGCCAAGACAGAGCCACUCUGCCGGUUAACAGGAGAGGCAGCCCACAGCUCCCGCACCUCAGAGGAGUCUGAGAGCGAAGAGAGCCUGUUUUCAGAUCACGGCGAGCAAAGCUCGGCAGCUGUUGCACAGGGUUGUCUUCAUGAGAGCAAAGCGCUCCGCGUGGUGGAUUGGGGCACACAAACAGCAAGCGACCCAGAUAGCGUGAGCCCCGGUGCACAAAGUGCACUCAGCACCGAUGACGGUGGCCUUUUCCAAGUGUCCCCCCCGGAGUCUGAACACUGGGAGACGCUGGGCCCCAUGAAGACGGCUGCUUCCUCUGCGUCAACACAGACCAUUUGGCUGAGCCACGCAGAGUGCCAGACCCACCAUGGAGAGGAUUUGCCUGGAGCCACGGGGGAGACUGCUGCAUCUGGCAGCAGGAGCAGUAAUCUUGGCCGAGGUGUUUGCUGGUUCAUUCCUGCUGACAGAGUGUCCAAUAUCCACGGGGACUUUACAGCUGACGGAGAACGGCUAAGUCAUCCAAAUGGGCCCAUUCCCGCAAGGAAAAGGCGGCCCAUUGGCCCGUUUCUGGUCAUCUCCCCCAAGGAAGCGCUGGAGUUGCGGCGGCCGGACUUCAUCUCCCGCUCCAACGAGCGGCAGCGCUGGGUGUCGCACCUGGCUGAGGAGAGGCAGACUGAGAAGGUCAUCCUGCGCGUGCAGCAGCAGCAACGGUGGCUGCAGCAGCAGCAGAAGCAGAUCCAGCGCCACGGCCGUCUCACAGAUCAUAUCACUGCACGGCAAAGGAAAUAUCAUCCUGCUGAAGAAACUGCACAUCCCAGAAAAAAACACGAACAAUUCCCUGAUGUGAAAAGACGCAGGCAACCAGGGGAAAGGCCAAAGUCUCAUCGCACUUCAUGUAGUGAGCAUGCAGAUUUCGUGCCGAAGAAACUUGGUAUCCAAACCUCGUGGGAGAAAAGGUGAAAACGACUGUUCACUCCAGAACUUCUAAGAACUUAUUUUUUUAUAAAUUGAUGUAUUUUUUGUGAUGCUGAAUUAUAGAUAUAUUUUGUUGUAACUCAAUUUUAGAACAAAAAAUAAAUAAAUGUGAACAGACGUUUACUGUUUUAUGAAACGCGAAAACAUAUUGCAUAUCGUAAAGUGCACUUUGGCAAUACUCUGUACAAUCAUGCGAAACCUACAAGAAUGGUUUCAAUGUAUUUUGCAUUGUGUAUAUAUAAUGCGCUUUUUAAAUAAGGGGUAACCCAAAGGUUUAAGACAUAUACAACUAUAAUUUGGUGUUUAUAAACCACGUUUAAAACUUUGGCUUAAUUCAGUAGGUGCAUUGGUGUGAUUACUGCAUGUACAAACAAAUACUCCAAUGUGUAUGUGAAUUUAUGUCUAUUUCAAGGUUUAAAAUGUAUGUUUAAAGGACUCGUUAAGCUAUCACUUGCUGCUGAUUUUUGCCAUGAGUAGGAAUUAAUAUCGGGUUGCUGAGUUCAAAGAAAAGUGAGAAAACGUCUGUACCACCAAUUCACCCAUAUAAUACAUGUUAAAUAAUUACACAUUCCUAAACGCAGCUUUUAUUUUUUAUACAUAAUUCAUACCAAUACCAUCAAAUGUAUUCUGUACAUUUUAUUUUGCUUGAAAUGUUCAAUAAGGUAAAUGUACCAAGGUCUCAUGCGUUGUAUCGUGUGCUUGGAUGGCUGCAGCAGUUAUUCACUUCUCUGUGUUUGACAGAUUGUUGUUUAUAUGAGAUGCAGUAGUGGAUAUUGAUCACCUACACCCUCAAGCGAAAAUUGACUGAGAUGAGCAUGUUGCUGAUAAAACCAUAUCGAGUAUAUCGGAACACAAUAGAUGGCACCCGGGGACCAGAGAUAGAUUUUUUAGUUCAGAGCUGUUUCAUUUGAACACUGACUUUGAUAACUGUUGGGCUCAUGUGCAACCCAUGCAAAUAUACAUGCAGAUAAAAAAAUAUAUACAGGUACAUCUCUGCAAUUUCCUGCUCAGAACACUGCUGCUGAAUGGCACCUCCACCAGAAGGAGCUCUAGAGGACCCCUUAUACAGCAUAUGUUGGCCUACUCUUCCACGUUGGACAUAUGUCUAGGAAGAGGUGGUUAUACUCACACUCUACCCCACCACACCCGACCUGCACCGAUGGACUGUACCCAUUUAUAAUGCCCGGUGGACAGAGUUGGAGAUUCUUAAAAAUUUUUUACCAUUUUAUCAGCUGCCACUCCCGGAGAGGAAACGGGCAACCUCUGCGUUUAUACAGCCAUAUAUUAAUGAAGGUAUUUUAUCAAUUCUGCUUUUUCUACAAUACAGUAGUAACAAUUUAUCAGGGAACUGGUCAUUAUGUGUCAGUAUUUGUUAUUAAAGACACACCCCGCUUUUGCAAUAUUAGUGAUUGCUGCCAAAUCAAAUACAUUCCAGUGCAUAUGAGUGAGUCUAUAUUGCAAGAGCAAACACCAUGAAUAUGGAAAUUUGUAAUGUGGAAAAUUAAAACUAAACUGGCCAUACCCAGGAGAUUAAUUAACAGAUCAAAGGCAUGUAACUAAAUCCUUUCAGAAUUACUUGUCACAAAAGAAAUACAUUCUUAUAAACAUUUUGUCGUAUUCAGUCGUUACAUUUUUGCAGUUCCAUACAUUUGGAGCAAAUAUGUGAUAUAUGCAGAACAAAAAAAUAAUCUGUUUCCAAGAUGAAUUAAAGUAAUUCCAGCAGAGGAAGUGUAUAAUUCCCACUGGAUGCAGAUAACCAGGAAAUGUUCAAUGUCAUUUUAUUUCUGUCCAUUGAACAUAUAAAUAUCACAGGGUAGGCAGUCCGACUUUAGAUUAUAUGAUGCUCAGUUAGAUAUGAGGGAAAUAAUACUGAACUACAUAUGUUGCACUUGUUAUCGAGGCUUAUUUUUGCCUUCCUUAACUACAAUUUGUAUAACACGUUAACCUUUUAGCUUAAUUAACCGAAAAUAGUGUAUAUGUAUAUGUUUUAAUACUGUUCUAAAUAGUUGAUGGAAUCCCCUCACACUUAUGCAAUAUAUGCAUACAAUAAUGAAGCUUGUAAAUAUAUGUUAUUACUGAAUUACCAUUACACUUACCUAACCUCUUGCCAUAUAGUCAAGUUUGAUUUCUUCCAAAUUUACCAAUCUUCAAUUAAACGCCUCCCUACUAUUGAGUCAUUGUGGUAUUUUAGUUCUAAUGAAUUCACCAACCGUUGAAAUAAAUUGCUCCCCGUUUGAAUUUUCCAUUAAUUAUUCUCUCCCCACCACAGUUCCCAGUAAUUUAAAGCAGGGAUGUGUCACUCCAUUAAAUAAGGGCUCAAAUUUACUAAAAAGCCUGUAAUUUCACCAGCGCUCAUUAUGUUGAAAGUUUUGAAAUCUACAGACUCUGAUAUAGCCCUCUGGUAUAUCGACACAGCACCAUCAAGUAACAUUAACCUAUGUUUUGAUUUAAAGUUUUCGUGACUGCAGGGAAUCAUAUUCUUGGUUCUUUCUGUAAAGUUACGUAGAAGGGAAAUAACAAAAUAAUAAAAAUAUAAAACAAAAACUAAUUGUUAUAUAUUUUUAUUAUUUUAGUUUUUCCCUUCUACGUGACUUUACCGAAAGAACCAAAAAUAUUAACCUAUGUGUUGUGCUUAGCUCAUGGCUAAGUGUUCCAAUGGGACGAGGAAGGCAACAUAAAUUUCGAUUUAAACCUUUCGUGACUGCAGGGAUUCAUCUUCACCUGAGGAUGGCUGCUUGCGUUGUGGCCGAAACGUCGUGAGAAUUAUCUUAUUAUGUUUUAUUAUUUUAUUAUUUCCAUUCUACGUGACUUUACCGAAAGAACCAAGAAGAAGGCAACAUCAUUUUUCAGUGGCCUUUUUUUUUGGCUCGUGGUGUUCACGCAUGAUGUCCGGCGCUUUGCACCAUGUGGGAAAUGUCACAACCGCAAGAUUCUACGCGGUAAUAAUGAUACUCAUUUUCUGCCCUUUGUAAUUCCAUUGCUGGAUGGAAGAGUUCCGACGCCAUGUCGGUCAUGGGGAUUGCUUGAUCACAUCACGAUUGGUGACCCAGAAAGUGCUCGGAACCAGUUAGGACAUCACUAAACCGUUGCUGGUAAUCGAACACGAGUCGCUGGCUUCAUAACAAAGUGUGGCGCAUUACUGUACCACCAAUCAUUCAUUAAAAUGUGUGUGGAUCUGACAAUGAAUGCCGUUAAACGUUAUACCUCAAUAAUUAUCCUCAACAAAUGUGGCCUCAACGUCUUAUGCACAUCUUAAACACCACGCAGUAUUGUAUACCAGUCCCAUGCGUCGGAAGGAGGAAGGGGGGCUCAACUUCCCCCCUCCCGCUACACCUGCUGAAGACUGGGGGGCCCCCUUCUUAAUUCCUCGGUACAAUUAGGAGAUGGACGUUCCACGGUUCCACCCUUUCCUCAUCUACACGGGAAUGGGGUUGAGAGCAAGAGUGCACGAUAGACAAAAGCAGAUGGUACCGUUUCUCAUUCUGUUCAGCGUGUUUAAGAUUUGUUUAAAGUGUGUUUAACCCUGACCGUCGCCCCCCACGCCCCCCUUUAAACAAAGUCACGCUACCUCAGUUGUUACACUCACACGCGCGUUUCCAAGCUUAGUCAUAGAACUACUGUGCUUGAAUUUAUCGUCUACGGUGACAUCAACAUGAGUAUUAUCGUAUUAAACUGUCUGAGUCUUUUUUUUAUGCCACCAAGCUUUUGAAACCAGUUCGGUCAGCUUGUGUGACCUGCGUGGAUCUUUCGGCUUUUUUUUUAUCUUGCGAAAGAUUUAUGGUUUUGUAGUCACCAGGUGGUACAUUAAGAUGGACUCCGUGGCCCAACAUUCUUCUCGCUACUUGACGGUCAAGAGCACUGGUGUGGAGAGAUUCCGUAAAAUUCGUCAAUAAUAAUACGCGACGUUUCGGACAAAGGCCCUCAUUGCUGAAAACGCCACCUCUUGUCUGUUUUCUUUUUAGGGCAGUGUCAUUGUCAUUGUGUGCCACUUGCAAACGUGGUAUCACAAAUAUUACGUGUGUGGAAAAGAGUUAACGACUGCUGUAUUCUGGCUUUUUGAGGUUAUAUUGAUGUCAAUCACUGUCCUAUAAUCAAACACCCUGUAAUAAACAUAUCUGAUUA